AUUUGUGUGGCAGCUGGAGACGUAUGCUGCCCUGGUCGAUUCCAGCUUCCCGGGACACCUAGAGGAAGCCCGUCGCGAAAGCGAUGAGGGAGAAGAUGUGGUGGAAUCCGAGGAGUACCGCCAGCUGAGCGUGAAGCUCUUUGGUAUGCUGGUGAGCUUGGUGAGCGAAUGCGCCCCAGCGCUGAAAAUCGAGUGGGAGAGCGACCUUGCCAAGUACGAGGCGGAGUUCGGAGUCGAGAAGGCGAUCUCCGAUGAAGACAAGCGCGCACUCCUCAUGGUGGAGUCGCCUAGCGCACUCAAGCAGCACCUCGCCAUGACGGCGGGGAAGCUCACUAAGUACGAAGAUGUGCGCGGCCUCGUUGUUUCCUACCUGCAGGCAAAGAGAGUGUGGACGCCGUCGGGCGCCUAUGCCCAGCCAGCCGGCCGUCGCCACCACGACCCCGAUGCCAUGGACAUUGGCAAGGUUGGGGACGCGAAGGGCAAAGACGGAAAAGGGAAAGGCCACACCGUGAAAGAGUGCUGGUACAACGCCAAGGGCAAGGGGAAAGGAGCCCAGCAGAAAGGAGGGGUGCACGCGGUAAGCGACGACACCUCCUCGCAACUUUCUGCGGGGCCUUCCGCGUCGGUCGCGGGAAGCACCGCCACCACGGCUGUCACCACGAAGCCGGGGGUGAGACACAUCUCGGACCAAAAGAUGCGGAUCCUUGCCAUCACCGGCGAGCGCCGGGGAUACCUUUUGGUAGACACGGGAGCAACGGUGUCUGUGUGCAGGCCGGAGACCUUCCUCGACCCGGUGAACACCGCAGCCCGGCAAACGCUCUACAGCGUGGACGACACGCCCCUGGACACCAAAGGCACGGUGGAGCCGGUGCUCAAGUUGGGCAGGCGAAGCCGCCAAGAGGCGAAGACGACGUUCCAGGUGGUGAGCGGGAUCACAGAUGACAUUUUGUCAGUGAACCGCGCUGUUGAUGCCGGGGCCCGCGUGGUGUUUGACGCCGCCGGAUCCUAUAUCGAGUGGGAGGACGGCUCUAGAGCGGACUUCAUCCGCAGCGGGCGCCAGUUCCUCAUGCCCUACACCUGUGCCGGCAGGCAGCACAAACGUGCCAGGGUAGCGGUCGUGGGGGAAGAAGAGCACUACCCUGACGACCCAGAAGCCCAAGCGGUCGCGGACUUUGCCAGAGCGGAAGCCGCCGCCGAGCAAGAAAGACGAGAGCUC